AUUUGCAUAGCAACCACAACUUCCGGUCAGUGCGAGCUUGAUUAAAAAUGGCGGAUUGUUUGCCUAGAAGUUCACAGUUUGCUUUUAGGCGGUAAACAUGAGAUAAAUGUAAUAGCAGUUGAGUUGAAAUUUAACCAAAAAUCGUCAAAGUAGAUUUUUUUCCAAAGCAGUCAUGUCGGUGUCAAGUGGUCCUUUACCAAAGUUACAACAUGCCAAAUUUGAAGAAUUUGAUCCAGAUGAGAUAAGUGUUCAGUAUAAAAGUGGAGCUAUAUUUAAAGGAACAGUCUGUGACCAUAGAAGGGAAGGUUCUGGGAAGUUUAUAUGGCCUAAUGGGGCCCAGUAUGAAGGAGAGUACCAGGACAAUCUUAGAAAUGGAAAAGGACUUCAAGUAUGGCAGGAUGGUAGCCAGUAUGAUGGAGAUUUUGUCAAUGAUAAACGACAUGGAGAAGGAGAAGUCAAAUGGUCAAAUAAUGAGUCAUACAAAGGACCAUUUUAUAAAGACAGACGACAUGGUAAAGGAGUAUAUAACUGGCCUGAUGGCUCCACAUAUGCUGGCACUUUUUAUAUGGACAGAAAGGAAGGAUAUGGAGUGUUUAAAUUUGCCAAUGGCAAUAAAUUUGAGGGGUUAUAUAAAGAAGAUGAACGAGAGGGACCUGGAGUCUUGACUUACCAUGAUGGUAAACAGGAUGUAGGUCUAUGGAAAGGAGAGAAACUUGUCAAAUUAUGUACUGCAAAUUCAGAGGCUUUUACUAUGGACAGUCAUAAAGAAUUAGACUUUAACCCAGAAGAACAUAUUAUGUAUUUAAAUACUGAUGAACCAACAGAUAAUGCAGACACAGCUAGAUCAGAAGAUAUACUGGAACUUUUACCUGACAGUCAAAUCACUGAAAGAGUAACAGAUCUGUAUUCUGAUUCCUUGGAUCCUCGUAGUCUAGCAAUUAAUAGGGAGGAAUUUGAUAAAGAAUAUUUUAGACAGUUAGGACAAGAGAAAAAUGACAAAAAUGAAAAAGUUCUAGCCUGGAAUAGAACACCAUCAGUUAUUAAUUUACAAAAACAUGUUCUGAAACAUACAGGAAGUCAAAACACUGUUUCAUUUAAAGUAGAGCAAGUGCUUAAAGGUGAGAGGUCAAAGUUCAAGGCUAAAGGACCGCUAGAAACUGCAUCAGAAGAGUUGUUAGUAGCUGCUGCUAAAGGAGAACUACAGAAAGUGGAAGACUUAUUGACAGGGGGCAAAGUUCAUCCUGAUGUGGCUGACAACAGUGGACAUACUGCUCUCAUUGGAGCUGCUGUCAACUGGCAAGUAGAUGUAAUUAAUUGUUUGUUAAAUCAUGGAGCUGAUGUGAAUAAAUUAAAUGAUGAAGGUUGUUCUGCCUUGUCAGCUGGAGCUAUAUUCUUCUAUCCAUUAGAAGGCUUCAGAUAUAACAUUGCAGAGAGAUACCUAGAUAGACCUGCGGUGUAUGAAGAAAAAGACAGAAAGGCUGUUAAAUCUCAAAAAGGUAUUCUAGCUACAAAGAAGACAAUGGGAAGCACUAAGUCUACACCAGCUCCACCUAAACAGAAAGGAAGAGAAUCUCCAGCACUUAGUACAGAUAAAAAGGUUGUCCCCUCAGGUACCAGUCUAAUCAGUGCAGACAGUGGCUUUGCUCAGAAUGAUAGCAGUCAGAAUCUUGCUAAUAAACAACAAGUUAGAAUAAUUGAACCAGAAGUUAAUAGUUCUAAGGAGAAUAUAAAAGAAAAUGACAGUGAUUCUGUUUUAGGGGAUGCCAGUAAGGAAGUGAAGUUUUCUUUAGCUGGAGGUGAUCAUAAGACAGAGGAAAGUGAAUUUGAGUCUGUUGCUACACUAAGGGACUUUGAAAUAGAAGUAUCUGAACAGUUGUUAGAUAGAUGUGCCACACAGCUGAGUACUAAUGAGAAGAUUGUUGGUGGGAGACGGUCACGUGACAGUGCAAUGCUGGGAACAGUUAGACAUAUGGCUGUCAUCAAAAAUGAAAAGGAGAGGAUGAAGGCUACUUUAGAUUUGUUAUUGAAGAGAGGAGCUGACCCUAAUGCCUCUGGUGUUCCCAUGCCUAUCUUGUUCUUUGCUAUAAAAUCAGCUGAUGUAGAAAUGGUCAAGACUUUAUUGUAUAGAGGAGCUUCUACUGCCAUUACUCUUCCUAAGGAGAAAGGAGGGUUAGCUCCCUUACAUAUAGCCUGUGCCAUCCCUGGAGAUGAAGGUGUACAGAUUACAGAGUUAUUAUUACACGCCUCUGCUGAACCUGAUGUUAGAGCUACUGUGGAUGAUUCAUUUCUAAAUAGAAAUCUGGAAGAGGAGUGGAAUAAGGACACGAUAUCACCUGAGAGUGAACUUUUACUGGGUGGUAGAACUCCUCUACAUAUAGCAUGUGCUAGGGAUGAUAAUUAUAAGAAUGCCUGCAAGGUUGUUCAUCUGCUUCUUGAACACAAGGCCAAUCCAAACUUACUGUGUAAUGGAUUCUCUCCCCUUGCCCUAGCUAUAGCUAGUGGUAAUGAUCAGGCAAUAGAUGUUUUAUUAGCAUUCCUUGCUGAUCCUAGUUUAGUUUUGACUCAUGGUGUUGGAAGUGCUCUCUGUGUUGCAGCCUCUACUGAGUAUGAGUAUAGAAGACCUAUAACUACAAGACUUGCUUUGAUUGAUAAACUUGUUAAAACUGGAGGUAAUAUAUUAGCUCCAAUACCAAUAGGACCCAAGAGGAUCAUGGGAACUGCUGUAGACUAUGCCUACUAUAUGUUUAAUCAGGACAGAAGAAUUGCCCACAUGCCUUACCAUGCACUAACACAUGCUGAGAGGGACACAUACAAUGCCAGGAAGAAGUUGUUAGAACAUCUGGGUGAUAUACUGAGGACCAAGGCUGUAGAGAGAGAAAGAUUCAGACUAGAAGAUGAUAAUAGUCAGGGAAUAAGAAGUAGAAGUCCUAGUCCUAACUUUGUCUACACUGGAGCAGGAGCCGAACUACCUCCAGGCCACAGAAAAUCAAGGUCACCAAAAUCUCCUAAGUCACCAUCAAAAUCACCCGAUAUGACAGGGGAAAGUAAAGUCAAAUUUGAACGAUCGACAAAAAGUCCUCGUAAUGUUGGGAGAGGUUACCCUGAGAAGGAGCCAGGAACAUUACCACCAAGAAAGCCCCUGUUUAAAUACUGUUACGAGUGUGGCCGAUCAGUAGGUGUCAGACUGUCAGCUUGUACUAGAUGUAAGGAGGUAUAUUACUGCAGUAAAGCCUGUAAAAUCCAUGCCUGGGACAAGAGGCACAAACAGGAAUGUGUAAGGAUAGGAGAUAGUUUACUGAGCCCUGGAGAUUCUCUAAAAGAUCUUAAAGUCCAGAAAAAGUGGGAAAAGACUGGCAAAAAUGUUGUGAAAAUGAUAAAUGCUGUGAAAUUAUUGAGGAGAUCCAGAAGUCCUAGCCCAAAGAAUGGCAGAAAGGGAAAAUCAGACAGUCCGACUCCUAACACAGACCUUGGUAAAGGAAAACUCACUGUUCAUGACAUCAAUAAGGACAAAAAGGCAUUAAGGAUCAGCAUCAACGAUAACAAAACAAAAAAUAUAACAGCCUAAUUGUUCCCAAUAAAGGAUUAAGUACCAGUGCUCGAGGAAGGAAGCGAGAAGUUACAAUACUCGGGGUUGAUCCAAGGAAAAUUACAUCCGAAAAAGGUCAAAGAAGGCGACCUAAUUACCCACCGUGGGUUUAUGUAGAUAAUUAUAGUUAUGUAUAAUUUGCAUUUUAUUUAAUUUAUUUUAAUUUUUUCAACAAAAGACAUUCUUGUUAAUAGUAAUUGAUUUUUAAUAGAAGUUUUAUUAUACAAUAAAGAAAAUGUGCAAUGUUUGAAUGUUAAAUAUGUUCAACAGUACAGAUCCAGUUUAAGUUUGAUGCUUUCUAUCACAAAUGCUAUUCGAUUGAAUAUUUACAUUCUGUACAUUUUCCUGUUUUUAUGUUUAUAGACUUAAUUUCAGGGACGACUGUUAUUCAGUUACAAAGCACAAAAAGACAAAAAUAUGUUUUAAGACUAUGAAUGUCAAAUUAGAAGCAAAAUGUAUGUAGUUAAAGCUUUCUGUUUUAUAUGAAUAUUCAGUCAUUUAAUGAAAUGGUUGUGACUAAAAUCUCUUAUUAAAGAAUAUAGAAAUAGAAUUGUAAUGUUUGUUUAUGCUGUUGUGUUUUCUAUUUUCAUUUAUGUGCCAAACAUUUUGUUCAAUAUUAAAUUUCAUUGAGUUGAACAACAAUUAAGGUUAAAUUCCUUAUUCAUUUCACUUGAAUAUGUCCAUGGGUUGUGUGAAAUUUAUAUCAAUAUCAGUUAGCAUAUUAGGCUGAUUUACCCUUCAAAAGGAAAUCAUUUGUUUAAAUCAAGGAUAUCCAUGAAGGAAUUUUUAAAUAGAUACUAAAUGAAGUGGGCAAUAUUGUGAAUUUACUUGAUAAGUAAAAUUGAAAUAGGACAUUUUAUUUAGAUGAUUAUUCAGAAUUUUCUGGGAAAUAGAUGAACUCAGCUUAUUAUGAUAUACAUGAAAUACUUUAUGUUCAACAAAACAAAUUGGCUUUUAAAUAUUUUCAAUGAAAAGAUAUUUCAUGCAAACAUAUCCUCCAACAGGGUUUUUAAGACUGCCCUUUUUGUUAUUGCUUCAUGAAUUUUUAACCCUUAUCAAUGUUAUAUGAAAAAAAAUAUGAAUAUAAAAUAUGAAAAGUAGUACAUGAAGGAGAAUCAUGUCUUUUUUGUUUUGUUUUUUAAUAAGCAAGUGAAAUGCCUUUAUGGUUUUAUUAAACUGCUGUGUAUUUUCCUGUGCCUUGUAAUUUGUUACACAUGUUUGUUGAUUCCAGAAUAGAAAUAUUUUAGUUUAUAAUUGUUCAUAAAUCUGUGAUAUUUUAUUGAAAAUUUAUUUUUACAUGACAUAGUCUGCUUUUUUAAAAACAGAUCAUAAAUUUACUGUAUUUAUAAAUUGUAUUUAAAAAGUUUAACAUUAUUUAUCUAAUGUUUAACUUUAAUACAUAAUAAUUGUUAUAUUAUAAUCAAUUUGCAUAUGUUUCUUAUCUAUAAAGACAAAAGUGCUUCUUAUUAUGUACCUUUUUAUUUUAAUUUUAUCAGAGGCUUUCACCAUAAUAAUGAAUACAUUUUAAUGAUUUUAGGAUUCACAUUUCUUUUUUUCAAUAAUCAAAUAUUUAGUCAGAAUUUCGGAAUUUCAUUGGUUUGUUUUAAUGUUUAAGAAUGCAUUUAGAAUUAUAUGACUGUGUCUUGCAUUUAAUGUGUAUGAACUUUUACUAUGAAAUAUGUUAAUUACCUCUUUCACAACAUAUUCGAAAUGUGAAGCAGAAAACAGAUAGAUGUUUAUCUUUUAUAGGACUUUUAUGAGACCAAUUACUGCUGAAUCACUUCUGUCCAUAUUUUAUAGGACUUUUAUGAGACCAAUUACUGCUGAAUCACUUCCGUCCAUAUUUUAUAACUAUUUUACAGUAAUGAGUUAAGCUUAGAAAUGAAGUUUAUGCACUUUGAAAAAUUAAAAAAAGGUAAUCUAUGUUAUCUUUAUCA